GAGAGGGUGUAAAGAGAAAAAACACUGCAUCAUGGGAACUCGAGUCUCUCUCACUUCUGCUCAACUUCUCGUCCUGAUUUUUCUGUCCACUGCUCACUCAGACGCUGGCAGUGAGUUGGCUUUGAUCUGUGGCCAGUUGAACUCUUCACCCUCUCUUCCUUCCUCUGUUCACUCGCUGAGGCCUGCAGAUGUGCGUGUGCUGUCAGCACUCGGGCUGUCCACUUCACACAGGUCUGCUGAAAUUAAGAUUCUGAACGGGCUGUCUGAGAUUCUGUCCCGCUUUAAUCCAGGAUUGGCCACACUGAUACCAGAACAGAGGGGUUUCAUCGAGGAAGUCGAGGAUGUGGUUCAGUCGCUCAGUAAUGAUCAGUGGAAGCUUCUGCUCCUCUUUGUGUCGGCGGAUGAGCUCUGCGUCUGCCCAGGCCAGGCCGCUUUAGCAGUCGAGGCGACGGUGCGUAGAGUGGAGGAUGCGCUGAACAUACUGCAUGAGAAGCUGGAUCACACUCUGGUUCAUGUUGUGGUUUGGGGAGGCCGAACUGAUGGCAGAAUAUGUGAGUGUGAAGAGGGUGUCAGUGCAGACACACAGACAUGGAGCAGACUGGAGAGAGCUACGAUUAUGGCUAAUAUUCAGGAGAGGCUGGGUGCCCUCCUGCAGAAGCAUCAUCAAUGGACCGAUGGAGAAAACUUCACUGUGGCGCUGCAAUCCAGUCCAACAUACUUCGAUUCUUCAGAUGAUUCAGUGGAAAGUGACUCGGAGACGCUCAUGCAGGUGUGGAGCAAACUGUUGCAGCCAAUGGGGUCUGAGGUGGAGGGGCCGGGCAUCGCUGUUCCCUGCCCUACACAUGAGAAGCCGUAUCUGUACACACACCGUAACUCGCCUGUCCAGCCAGAGAGUGAAACAUACAGUGCAGAAGAACAGAUCGAACCACUGUCUACCAGUUUUCCAUGUACCGUUAUAAGUCCUUCUCCCUCAGUCCCCACCUCAGUGCAUUUGCUCCGACCUGCAGAUAUCAAAGUGGUGGCGGCGUUAGGAGACUCGCUCACUGCAGGAUAUGGAGCGGGCUCCGGUCAGAAUGACCUUCUCGGUGUUUUGACAGAGUAUCGUGGUCUCUCAUGGAGCGUCGGAGGCGAUAAGGAUCUCUCAACUGUGACCACCUUAGCAAACAUCCUGAGAAAGUUUAACCCUUCACUCACCGGCUUCUCCACCGGGACAGGCAAAGCCACCACAACACAGGCGUUCCUCAACCAGGCUGUAGGUGGAGCCAAGAGCAAAGACUUGCCCUCGCAGGCACAAGCCCUCAUCUCAAGAAUGAAAAGUGACUCGCGCAUUAAUUUUCAAAACCACUGGAAGGUCAUCACGGUGUUCAUCGGAGGAAAUGAUCUGUGUGAAUACUGCACAAACCUGAACCUUUACUCUGCUGAUAAUUUUGCGAAAAACAUCCGUGACGCUUUGGACAUCUUACAUCGAGAGGUUCCUCGUGCUCUAGUGAAUCUGGUGGAAAUUUUCAACAUCGCUCCACUGCGCCAGCUGCAUCAGGACUCCACACUCGGCUGUCCCACCUGGGUGGUCAAGAAUGUAUGUCCCUGUGUGGUGAACCCUGCAGAAGGAUCGUCAGAACUGAAGGCUUUAACAGAUAUGAACACAGCAUAUCAGACUGCAACGAGGAAUCUGGUGGCCUCUGGUCGCUAUAACACUCGCUCAGACUUCAACGUGGUCUUACAGCCAUUUUUCAGAAAAGUGUACUUUCCAGUGCUGUCGGAUGGAAGGCCCGAUCGUUCCUUCUUCGCUGGAGAUUGUUUCCAUUUCAGUCAGAAAUCUCACACUCUCAUGGCCCGAGCUCUCUGGAACAACAUGUUGGAGCCUAUAAGCAGUAAAACCACGUCUACAAACUUCAACACGGGCGUGACUAUGAAGUGUCCUUCUACUAGUAACCCUUAUUUUUCGACCAAUGGGAAAAGCUUAUUGAAAUAUGUAGCCACACCCACGACUGCGAACUGGGGCAGUGACUUCUCAUGCGUGCACACCGCUCCCUCAGACACCGUACCUGCCUCAGUUCACAGGUUGCGACCGGGAGACAUUAACGUAGUCACUGCUCUCGGACACUCAAUAACUGCUGGUUUUGGUGCCAAAGCUAAAAACAUCCUGGAGCUGCUGACUGAGGAGAGAGGCGUGUCCUGGAGGUCUGCUGAAAUUAAGAUUCUGAACGGGCUGUCUGAGAUUCUGUCCCGCUUUAAUCCAGGAUUGGCCACACUGAUACCAGAACAGAGGGGUUUCAUCGAGGAAGUCGAGGAUGUGGUUCAGUCGCUCAGUAAUGAUCAGUGGAAGCUUCUGCUCCUCUUUGUGUCGGCGGAUGAGCUCUGCGUCUGCCCAGGCCAGGCCGCUUUAGCAGUCGAGGCGACGGUGCGUAGAGUGGAGGAUGCGCUGAACAUACUGCAUGAGAAGCUGGAUCACACUCUGGUUCAUGUUGUGGUUUGGGGAGGCCGAACUGAUGGCAGAAUAUGUGAGUGUGAAGAGGGUGUCAGUGCAGACACACAGACAUGGAGCAGACUGGAGAGAGCUACGAUUAUGGCUAAUAUUCAGGAGAGGCUGGGUGCCCUCCUGCAGAAGCAUCAUCAAUGGACCGAUGGAGAAAACUUCACUGUGGCGCUGCAAUCCAGUCCAACAUACUUCGAUUCUUCAGAUGAUUCAGUGGAAAGUGACUCGGAGACGCUCAUGCAGGUGUGGAGCAAACUGUUGCAGCCAAUGGGGUCUGAGGUGGAGGGGCCGGGCAUCGCUGUUCCCUGCCCUACACAUGAGAAGCCGUAUCUGUACACACACCGUAACUCGCCUGUCCAGCCAGAGAGUGAAACAUACAGUGCAGAAGAACAGAUCGAACCACUGUCUACCAGUUUUCCAUGUACCGUUAUAAGUCCUUCUCCCUCAGUCCCCACCUCAGUGCAUUUGCUCCGACCUGCAGAUAUCAAAGUGGUGGCGGCGUUAGGAGACUCGCUCACUGCAGGAUAUGGAGCGGGCUCCGGUCAGAAUGACCUUCUCGGUGUUUUGACAGAGUAUCGUGGUCUGUCAUGGAGCGUCGGAGGCGAUAAGGAUCUCUCAACUGUGACCACCUUAGCAAACAUCCUGAGAAAGUUUAACCCUUCACUCACCGGCUUCUCCACCGGGACAGGCAAAGCCACCACAACACAGGCGUUCCUCAACCAGGCUGUAGGUGGAGCCAAGAGCAAAGACUUGCCCUCGCAGGCACAAGCCCUCAUCUCAAGAAUGAAAAGUGACUCGCGCAUUAAUUUUCAAAACCACUGGAAGGUCAUCACGGUGUUCAUCGGAGGAAAUGAUCUGUGUGAAUACUGCACAAACCUGAACCUUUACUCUGCUGAUAAUUUUGCGAAAAACAUCCGUGACGCUUUGGACAUCUUACAUCAAGAGGUUCCUCGUGCUCUAGUGAAUCUGGUGGAAAUUUUCAACAUCGCUCCACUGCGCCAGCUGCAUCAGGACUCCAAACUCGGCUGUCCCACCUGGGUGGUCAAGAAUGUAUGUCCCUGUGUGGUGAACCCUGCAGAAGGAUCUUCAGAACUGAAGGCUUUAACAGAUAUGAACACAGCAUAUCAGACUGCAACGAGGAAUCUGGUGGCCUCUGGCCGCUAUAACACUCGCUCAGACUUCAACGUGGUCUUACAGCCAUUUUUCAGAAAAGUGUACUUUCCAGUGCUGUCGGAUGGAAGGCCCGAUCGUUCCUUCUUCGCUGGAGAUUGUUUCCAUUUCAGUCAGAAAUCUCACACUCUCAUGGCCCGAGCUCUCUGGAACAACAUGUUGGAGCCUAUAAGCAGUAAAACCACGUCUACAAACUUCAACACGGGCGUGACUAUGAAGUGUCCUUCUACUAGUAACCCUUAUUUUUCGACCAAUGGGAAAAGCUUAUUGAAAUAUGUAGCCACACCCACGACUGCGAACUGGGGCAGUGACUUCUCAUGCGUGCACACCGCUCCCUCAGACACCGUACCUGCCUCAGUUCACAGGUUGCGACCGGGAGACAUUAACAUAGUCACUGCUCUCGGACACUCAAUAACUGCUGGUUUUGGUGCCGAAGCUAAAAACAUCCUGGAGCUGCUGAAUGAGGAGAGAGGCGUGUCCUGGAGGUCUGCUGAAAUUAAGAUUCUGAACGGGCUGUCUGAGAUUCUGUCCCGCUUUAAUCCAGGAUUGGCCACACUGAUACCAGAACAGAGGGGUUUCAUCGAGGAAGUCGAGGAUGUGGUUCAGUCGCUCAGUAAUGAUCAGUGGAAGCUUCUGCUCCUCUUUGUGUCGGCGGAUGAGCUCUGCGUCUGCCCAGGCCAGGCCGCUUUAGCAGUCGAGGCGACGGUGCGUAGAGUGGAGGAUGCGCUGAACAUACUGCAUGAGAAGCUGGAUCACACUCUGGUUCAUGUUGUGGUUUGGGGAGGCCGAACUGAUGGCAGAAUAUGUGAGUGUGAAGAGGGUGUCAGUGCAGACACACAGACAUGGAGCAGACUGGAGAGAGCUACGAUUAUGGCUAAUAUUCAGGAGAGGCUGGGUGCCCUCCUACAGAAGCAUCAUCAAUGGACCGAUGGAGAAAACUUCACUGUGGCGCUGCAAUCCAGUCCAACAUACUUCGAUUCUUCAGAUGAUUCAGUGGAAAGUGACUCGGAGACGCUCAUGCAGGUGUGGAGCAAACUGUUGCAGCCAAUGGGGUCUGAGGUGGAGGGGCCGGGCAUCGCUGUUCCCUGCCCUACACAUGAGAAGCCGUAUCUGUACACACACCGUAACUCGCCCGUCCAGCCAGAGAGUGAAACAUACAGUGCAGAAGAACAGAUCGAACCACUGUCUACCAGUUUUCCAUGUACCGUUAUAAGUCCUUCUCCCUCAGUCCCCACCUCAGUGCAUUUGCUCCGACCUGCAGAUAUCAAAGUGGUGGCGGCGUUAGGAGACUCGCUCACUGCAGGAUAUGGAGCGGGCUCCGGUCAGAAUGACCUUCUCGGUGUUUUGACAGAGUAUCGUGGUCUCUCAUGGAGCGUCGGAGGCGAUAAGGAUCUCUCAACUGUGACCACCUUAGCAAACAUCCUGAGAAAGUUUAACCCUUCACUCACCGGCUUCUCCACCGGGACAGGCAAAGCCACCACAACACAGGCGUUCCUCAACCAGGCUGUAGGUGGAGCCAAGAGCAAAGACUUGCCCUCGCAGGCACAAGCCCUCAUCUCAAGAAUGAAAAGUGACUCGCGCAUUAAUUUUCAAAACCACUGGAAGGUCAUCACGGUGUUCAUCGGAGGAAAUGAUCUGUGUGAAUACUGCACAAACCUGAACCUUUACUCUGCUGAUAAUUUUGCGAAAAACAUCCGUGACGCUUUGGACAUCUUACAUCGAGAGGUUCCUCGUGCUCUAGUGAAUCUGGUGGAAAUUUUCAACAUCGCUCCACUGCGCCAGCUGCAUCAGGACUCCACACUCGGCUGUCCCACCUGGGUGGUCAAGAAUGUAUGUCCCUGUGUGGUGAACCCUGCAGAAGGAUCGUCAGAACUGAAGGCUUUAACAGAUAUGAACACAGCAUAUCAGACUGCAACGAGGAAUCUGGUGGCCUCUGGCCGCUAUAACACACGCUCAGACUUCAACGUGGUCUUACAGCCAUUUUUCAGAAAAGUGUACUUUCCAGUGCUGUCGGAUGGAAGGCCCGAUCGUUCCUUCUUCGCUGGAGAUUGUUUCCAUUUCAGUCAGAAAUCUCACACUCUCAUGGCCCGAGCUCUCUGGAACAACAUGUUGGAGCCUAUAAGCAGUAAAACCACGUCUACAAACUUCAACACGGGCGUGACUAUGAAGUGUCCUUCUACUAGUAACCCUUAUUUUUCGACCAAUGGGAAAAGCUUAUUGAAAUAUGUAGCCACACCCACGACUGCGAACUGGGGCAGUGACUUCUCAUGCGUGCACACCGCUCCCUCAGACACCGUACCUGCCUCAGUUCACAGGUUGCGACCGGGAGACAUUAACGCAGUCACUGCUCUCGGACACUCAAUAACUGCUGGUUUUGGUGCCGAAGCUAAAAACACCCUGCUGGAGCUGCUGAAUGAGGAGAGAGGCGUGUCCUGGAGGUCUGCUGAAAUUAAGAUUCUGAACGGGCUGUCUGAGAUUCUGUCCCGCUUUAAUCCAGGAUUGGCCACACUGAUACCAGAACAGAGGGGUUUCAUCGAGGAAGUCGAGGAUGUGGUUCAGUCGCUCAGUAAUGAUCAGUGGAAGCUUCUGCUCCUCUUUGUGUCGGCGGAUGAGCUCUGCGUCUGCCCAGGCCAGGCCGCUUUAGCAGUCGAGGCGACGGUGCGUAGAGUGGAGGAUGCGCUGAACAUACUGCAUGAGAAGCUGGAUCACACUCUGGUUCAUGUUGUGGUUUGGGGAGGCCGAACUGAUGGCAGAAUAUGUGAGUGUGAAGAGGGUGUCAGUGCAGACACACAGACAUGGAGCAGACUGGAGAGAGCUACGAUUAUGGCUAAUAUUCAGGAGAGGCUGGGUGCCCUCCUACAGAAGCAUCAUCAAUGGACCGAUGGAGAAAACUUCACUGUGGCGCUGCAAUCCAGUCCAACAUACUUCGAUUCUUCAGAUGAUUCAGUGGAAAGUGACUCGGAGACGCUCAUGCAGGUGUGGAGCAAACUGUUGCAGCCAAUGGGGUCUGAGGUGGAGGGGCCGGGCAUCGCUGUUCCCUGCCCUACACAUGAGAAGCCGUAUCUGUACACACACCGUAACUCGCCCGUCCAGCCAGAGAGUGAAACAUACAGUGCAGAAGAACAGAUCGAACCACUGUCUACCAGUUUUCCAUGUACCGUUAUAAGUCCUUCUCCCUCAGUCCCCACCUCAGUGCAUUUGCUCCGACCUGCAGAUAUCAAAGUGGUGGCGGCGUUAGGAGACUCGCUCACUGCAGGAUAUGGAGCGGGCUCCGGUCAGAAUGACCUUCUCGGUGUUUUGACAGAGUAUCGUGGUCUCUCAUGGAGCGUCGGAGGCGAUAAGGAUCUCUCAACUGUGACCACCUUAGCAAACAUCCUGAGAAAGUUUAACCCUUCACUCACCGGCUUCUCCACCGGGACAGGCAAAGCCACCACAACACAGGCGUUCCUCAACCAGGCUGUAGGUGGAGCCAAGAGCAAAGACUUGCCCUCGCAGGCACAAGCCCUCAUCUCAAGAAUGAAAAGUGACUCGCGCAUUAAUUUUCAAAACCACUGGAAGGUCAUCACGGUGUUCAUCGGAGGAAAUGAUCUGUGUGAAUACUGCACAAACCUGAACCUUUACUCUGCUGAUAAUUUUGCGAAAAACAUCCGUGACGCUUUGGACAUCUUACAUCGAGAGGUUCCUCGUGCUCUAGUGAAUCUGGUGGAAAUUUUCAACAUCGCUCCACUGCGCCAGCUGCAUCAGGACUCCACACUCGGCUGUCCCACCUGGGUGGUCAAGAAUGUAUGUCCCUGUGUGGUGAACCCUGCAGAAGGAUCUUCAGAACUGAAGGCUUUAACAGAUAUGAACACAGCAUAUCAGACUGCAACGAGGAAUCUGGUGGCCUCUGGUCGCUAUAACACUCGCUCAGACUUCAACGUGGUCUUACAGCCAUUUUUCAGAAAAGUGUACUUUCCAGUGCUGUCGGAUGGAAGGCCCGAUCGUUCCUUCUUCGCUGGAGAUUGUUUCCAUUUCAGUCAGAAAUCUCACACUCUCAUGGCCCGAGCUCUCUGGAACAACAUGUUGGAGCCUAUAAGCAGUAAAACCACGUCUACAAACUUCAACACGGGCGUGACUAUGAAGUGUCCUUCUACUAGUAACCCUUAUUUUUCGACCAAUGGGAAAAGCUUAUUGAAAUAUGUAGCCACACCCACGACUGCGAACUGGGGCAGUGACUUCUCAUGCGUGCACACCGCUCCCUCAGACACCGUACCUGCCUCAGUUCACAGGUUGCGACCGGGAGACAUUAACGUAGUCACUGCUCUCGGACACUCAAUAACUGCUGGUUUUGGUGCCGAAGCUAAAAACAUCCUGGAGCUGCUGAAUGAGGAGAGAGGCGUGUCCUGGAGGUCUGCUGAAAUUAAGAUUCUGAACGGGCUGUCUGAGAUUCUGUCCCGCUUUAAUCCAGGAUUGGCCACACUGAUACCAGAACAGAGGGGUUUCAUCGAGGAAGUCGAGGAUGUGGUUCAGUCGCUCAGUAAUGAUCAGUGGAAGCUUCUGCUCCUCUUUGUGUCGGCGGAUGAGCUCUGCGUCUGCCCAGGCCAGGCCGCUUUAGCAGUCGAGGCGACGGUGCGUAGAGUGGAGGAUGCGCUGAACAUACUGCAUGAGAAGCUGGAUCACACUCUGGUUCAUGUUGUGGUUUGGGGAGGCCGAACUGAUGGCAGAAUAUGUGAGUGUGAAGAGGGUGUCAGUGCAGACACACAGACAUGGAGCAGACUGGAGAGAGCUACGAUUAUGGCUAAUAUUCAGGAGAGGCUGGGUGCCCUCCUGCAGAAGCAUCAUCAAUGGACCGAUGGAGAAAACUUCACUGUGGCGCUGCAAUCCAGUCCAACAUACUUCGAUUCUUCAGAUGAUUCAGUGGAAAGUGACUCGGAGACGCUCAUGCAGGUGUGGAGCAAACUGUUGCAGCCAAUGGGGUCUGAGGUGGAGGGGCCGGGCAUCGCUGUUCCCUGCCCUACACAUGAGAAGCCGUAUCUGUACACACACCGUAACUCGCCCGUCCAGCCAGAGAGUGAAACAUACAGUGCAGAAGAACAGAUCGAACCACUGUCUACCAGUUUUCCAUGUACCGUUAUAAGUCCUUCUCCCUCAGUCCCCACCUCAGUGCAUUUGCUCCGACCUGCAGAUAUCAAAGUGGUGGCGGCGUUAGGAGACUCGCUCACUGCAGGAUAUGGAGCGGGCUCCGGUCAGAAUGACCUUCUCGGUGUUUUGACAGAGUAUCGUGGUCUGUCAUGGAGCGUCGGAGGCGAUAAGGAUCUCUCAACUGUGACCACCUUAGCAAACAUCCUGAGAAAGUUUAACCCUUCACUCACCGGCUUCUCCACCGGGACAGGCAAAGCCACCACAACACAGGCGUUCCUCAACCAGGCUGUAGGUGGAGCCAAGAGCAAAGACUUGCCCUCGCAGGCACAAGCCCUCAUCUCAAGAAUGAAAAGUGACUCGCGCAUUAAUUUUCAAAACCACUGGAAGGUCAUCACGGUGUUCAUCGGAGGAAAUGAUCUGUGUGAAUACUGCACAAACCUGAACCUUUACUCUGCUGAUAAUUUUGCGAAAAACAUCCGUGACGCUUUGGACAUCUUACAUCGAGAGGUUCCUCGUGCUCUAGUGAAUCUGGUGGAAAUUUUCAACAUCGCUCCACUGCGCCAGCUGCAUCAGGACUCCACACUCGGCUGUCCCACCUGGGUGGUCAAGAAUGUAUGUCCCUGUGUGGUGAACCCUGCAGAAGGAUCUUCAGAACUGAAGGCUUUAACAGAUAUGAACACAGCAUAUCAGACUGCAACGAGGAAUCUGGUGGCCUCUGGCCGCUAUAACACUCGCUCAGACUUCAACGUGGUCUUACAGCCAUUUUUCAGAAAAGUGUACUUUCCAGUGCUGUCGGAUGGAAGGCCCGAUCGUUCCUUCUUCGCUGGAGAUUGUUUCCAUUUCAGUCAGAAAUCUCACACUCUCAUGGCCCGAGCUCUCUGGAACAACAUGUUGGAGCCUAUAAGCAGUAAAACCACGUCUACAAACUUCAACACGGGCGUGACUAUGAAGUGUCCUUCUACUAGUAACCCUUAUUUUUCGACCAAUGGGAAAAGCUUAUUGAAAUAUGUAGCCACACCCACGACUGCGAACUGGGGCAGUGACUUCUCAUGCGUGCACACCGCUCCCUCAGACACCGUACCUGCCUCAGUUCACAGGUUGCGACCGGGAGACAUUAACAUAGUCGCUUCUCUUGGAGACUCAAUAACUGCUGGUUUUGGUGCCAAAGCUAAAAACAUCCUGGAGCUGCUGACUGAGGAGAGAGGCGUGUCCUGGAGCAUUGGAGGUGAUGAAACUCUGGAAACAGUCACUACAAUACCAAACAUCCUGAAAAAGUUCAACCCAAAUGUGUUUGGCUUCUCGCAAGGACCCAGCAAGAGGCCUAACGGCUUCAAUAUGGCCGUGAGCGGAGCUAAAGCAAUUGAUAUCCCGGGCCAGGUCAGGGACUUGGUGGAUGCUUUAAAGAGCAGCACAAGUGUGGACUUUGAGCGGGACUGGAAGUUGGUGACUCUGUUUAUAGGCGGUAAUGAUCUGUGUCAGUACUGCAAAAACCAGACCUCUCUUUCUCCUAAAAAGUACAUAGGAUACAUCAAGGACGCUCUGGACAUCCUGUAUCGUGAGGUACCCAGAGUGCUGGUAAAUUUUGUAGAGAUCCUACAGAUUGAGGACCUGCGUAAGAUAAAGUCAAACACCACAGGAUGCACCCUCUUACAGCCGAACCUGUGUCCUUGUUUCCUGCGUCCUGAAGAGAACUCCGCGGAGCUGGUCGAGAUGAAGAGGAUUAAUCGGCAAAUACAGACGGAGACAGAGUGGCUGGUGUUUGGAGGACAAUAUGAUGGCAGAGAAGACUUUGCUGUAGUUCUGCAGCCUUUCUUCCAAAGCACAGUGGUCCCAAUGGGAGAGGACCGGACGCCUGACCUGAGCUUCUUCUCAGUGGACUGUUUCCACUUCACUGAGCGUGGACAUGCUGAGAUGGCCGUCGCACUGUGGAACAAUAUGUUGGAGCCAGUGGGCAGCAAACAGUCCUACAACAACUUCACACAUGACCGCAGCAAGCUACGCUGUCCCUCAGAGGAUCAUCCCUUCAUCUUUACCCGAGUAAACAGUUUUAACUCUGAGCCUAUCGAGCCAGUGCCUACUUCAUCUCUCGUCAGCCCCCAGGGCUCAGUGGCAUUCUGGGUAACUGCGCUGUUGACCAUCGCUGGAGUUCUGGUGGGCGGAGUCUUGGUCUGGCUCACUCUAUCCUGCGGCAAGUGGAGUAAGAAGAAGAGCAGCGACAAUCUCAGCUCUGUUCAGAUACAGGGUUGCGAAAGCAAAUUGUAAUAAUAACGAUUUUAGAUUACUAGAAAUACAAUUCUAGAAAUAAAAAAUACCCAUGUGGUUUAUUAUGUGUAAAAUAAAAUAUAUAUGUAAUUAAAAAUGAUUUGUUGUUAAUUAAAGUGAGCUAACAUAGUU